UCGAAAUUAUGAGGCGCGGAAACCGCGACUGGUGGCCUCGCGCAACCGGAUGUCCACGAGUGGCGCGAUUGACGUGCUGGCUGCUCCUCCUGUCCGUCGUCUGUCCGCGACGAUGCCACUCGUUGACUUUCGAUAACGUGACGGAUCCUUUCGUUCAGAAAUGUCAAAUGGAGUGUAGCGUGCGGAGAGAUUUCGCAACUUGCGGCAAAUACAAGGUCGCCAAGUGGUUGAACACGCUGGUGAGGGAGGAAUUUAGUUACGGACCAUUUCGAGUAAUAAGGAUACCGUCGAUGCACAAGCAAUCCUUCCUGCCUAAUUUGCCCCGUUCCCGGGCAUUUAAAAGCGGCAUAACGGAAGUCUUGAACUUCAUUAGAGAUAGCGUAGAGGACUUAUUGACGAAACGUGCCAUUGUGUACACGAUAGACAACAACUCUGCGACCGGCAGGGACUUUUCUUCGAGUCUGAUGAUUGCGGAUGACGAUGAUAUCAAUAAGUUACAGAAUAAGGAAGAUGAAGGUAAUUGGCGAAUCUUCAAGAAGAAGAAGACGUCCAUCAUUCUGCCGGUUCUCAUACUGUUGAACUUACUUAAACUGAAGCUGUUGCUGCUGCCGAUUUUUCUAGGAGUUCACUUCAUCAAGAAGCUUCUCGUGCUUGGAUCUUUGAUUUUGCCAUCCGUGCUGGCACACUUGAAAGUUUGCAAAGUGCAUCACGUCCAUCCGUAUCACGUAUGGGGUACCGCCGCGGAAGCGGUCGAUUAUCCGUCAGGUUACGCUCAGGACGAUAGCACUUGGCACAGAAACGACUAUCAGCUGAACUAUCCCAGUUUCCAGAUAUUCCGCAAUCCUUACGGGUGA